UUCUCUUUAUCUUUCUAAUUUUUGGGCGUCGACCAGAAUGGGAUAGAGCGUGCAGUACGUUCACCGGUAUCGAAUAAUUCCACCAAGCGAUACUCGUUCUGUCAUCCGUGGUGAAUAUAGUAGUAGUGGUGGUGGUGGUGUUGUGGUGCGGUGUAUGCUAGUACGUUUUUGCUCCUUGUUAUUUAUGCUAUUUCCGCGGGUCUGUCAAAAAAUGUGUACGUCUGUUCGUUAUUAAUCGUUCCGUGUGUGUUUUCCUCCAGUGUAAGUGGUUAUGUGAGUUCACAGUCUGAGUCACUUUUUUUUUCGGGUAAUACAAUUAUCACCAUUAGAGUGAAAAGUGUUUAGUGCAAUUGCGAUUGUUGAUUUAGUAUGGCUGCGGCCUCGGCCUCUAUAUUUUGUGAUUUCCUUCGUUCUGUAUGAAGUUAUAAUAAAUAGACAGAGCAAAAAAAUUAAAGAAAUACACACACUCAUAUAAUACACAGUUAUAUAUCUAUAUAGGAAUAAUAAUCAAUACAGGUUCAUGCGAUGUUUAACUUUAUAAAGAAAGCUGGAUCCGGCGUGACCAACGAUAAAGAUGAAAAAGAAAAGAGGAAACGUGAUAAGAAGGACCGCAAGGAGAAACAGAAACGCGAGAGAGCCAGCAUGUCACCGGAGGAGUUGUUGCGGCUGGACGAGGUUCGAAAAUCGCUGAAGAUUACACGAAAACGAAAAGAGAAAGAGAAAUUACCCUCUGGAAUAACUGCCGACUACACCGCCGAUUUUUUGGCUAGUUUGGAGCGCGUCGAUCCGCUGAGUAUUACCAAUUUCAAUCAUUUGAACGAUGGUCACACGCAAUCGGAUAGUUCGGAGACGAGUCUGAACAGUCUGAGCAAGGGUGGUAGUAUGCCCCCAGUACCGCCUCGACCGCCGAAACGGGGGAUAUUGAAGAUGCCCAGAAUCAGUGUGUACAGCGAGCAAACGCCUACGACGACGCCAAAUCCGACCGAUUCUGAUAGUCUAAUUAGGAAUACGUUGCAAAACGAAGUUAUAGCUUACCAGAAUUUACCUCAGAACGGUUUCAACGCUGACGCGAAAUUAGGCAAUCUUUUAGUUAUCACGACGACGGCGUCCCCGAGCAACGACUCGCUGACGGACACGACGAACAGUUCGUUCGCAACGCCUCCGUUUUCCCUGAGCCCUGUGGGAGAAUCGCAGGGAUUUCACAGAUGGUCUCACACUGCGACGUUCGAUGAUUUUAAUUUAUCCUUACCACCGAUCGUUCCGCUCACCUUACCCAAACCGAGAACGCUAUCUAUUAACAGGCAGCCGCCUCCGAGAAACGAUUUCGGCUUUUCGCUGAGACGCGCUAUGGUGCUGGACAGGGAUUCCGGAAAUUCUUCAAUAUCGAUGCGAGCCGUCAUUUUUGCGGAACCGGGCGCUAUUGUGCAACAUCAAAACGAGACUGGUUUGCUUCCGGGUGAUAAAUUGCUCGAAGUGAACGGAGUCAAAGUUGGAGAAAGAAGUCGUGAUGAUAUUAUAGAUUUAAUCAAAGCUUCAGGCGAAAGCGUCACACUGAAGGUUCAACCCGUGGCCGAAUUGAGCGAAUUGAGCAGACGUUCUGGACAAGACGGAAGCGAAAUAUUUUUAGAUGAUGCUAAUAUCAAAGGAGGAACAUUGCGACGCUCCGGUAGCCGAAGAUUCAACGUAAAUAUGACGGCAAAAAGUGAAGAACAGAUUGCUUCGGAAAAGGAAUGGUUGGACGCGGAAAAGAUGUGGCUGAUGCAUCGAGGAGGAUUUUCGAUGGCCAGGAAACUAAUCGUACCGGAUUUGGAGUCUGGAAAGGUGAGAUUGCAGAUCGAGCAAACUGGUGAAGUGAUAACUGUGGACGAGGAUGAUGUUGAAAAGUCGAAUCCGCCGAAAUUCGACAGGGCCGAAGAUUUGGCGUCACUGCAUCAGUUGAACGAAUCGAGCAUUCUGCACACGCUUAGACAAAGAUUUGCGACUAAUCUGAUACACACCUACGCCGGAAAUUCAACACUUUUAGUUAUAAAUCCUAUGGCGCCGUUGUCCAUUUACUCGGAGAAAGUCGUAGCCUUAUUCAAGGGCUGUAAAUCUGAGGACAUGCCUCCGCAUAUAUAUUCCAUGGCGCAAUCCGCUUACCACAACAUGUUGUCUGCACGAAAGGACCAAACUCUGUUGUUUCUGGGUAGAAGCGGUUCGGGCAAAACCACAAACUUCCGACACUCCAUUCAAUAUUUGAUGACUGCCGCAGGAUCGGUCAACAAAAUCUUAACAGUUGAGAAAUUAUCUGCGAUCUGGAACAUUUUGGAGAGUUUCGGCAAUUGCCGAACCGUGAUGAACGGGAACGCAACUAGAUUCACGCAAAUUUUCAGUCUUGAUUUCGACCAGAGCGGAAGCAUAGCUUCUGCCAGCAUACAGAUAUUGUUGCUGGAUAAGACGAGGAUCACGAAGAGGAUGGACGGCGAGACGACGUUUCAUAUAAUGAAUAGAUUGUUGUGCGGCGUUGAAGGAAACUUGAGGAAGGAACUGUUUUUCGAUAGUCUGACGGGAAACGAGCAGAACGCGUUCUUCGUGCAGCUGCAGAAGUUGGAGGAGAAGCACAGGGCUCAAACCGAUUUCGGCAAAGUACUUAACAGUUUCGAGGUGUUGGGUGUGCACGAAUCGGAUUUGAAGAUAAUCUGGAGCGUGCUUGCAGCGAUAUUUCAUCUCGGCUGCGCGGGGGCUGCUAAGAAUUCAAAUUCGAACAAAUAUCAAUUUAACAAUCCGCAGGCUGCCCAGAAAGCUGCCUUACUACUGGGCAGUUCGGUGGAAGAUUUGUCGAGAAUUAUUUUUGGUAUGUCUUCCGGUGGUCUUACCACGCCGAACGCACCCAGAGCACCAUUCAGGACGCCAUCUCCGACCGACAGAACUUCUGAUCGAGAGAUGACAGGUUUGGAGGCUCUUGAAGGGAUCAUCACUGAACUGUACGCAGAAGUGUUCAACUGCGUCGCCAGUUUGAUAAAUAAAUCGAUUUCGGCUUCUGCGAGUACGGUGAAUUCUUUGCUUCUGGUCGACUCGCCGGGUUUCCAAAAUCCUUCGUCGUGCGGUCGACAAGCUGGUGCAACGUUCGACGAUUUGUGUUACAACUAUCUGCAAGAACGACUUCAGUUGCUAUAUCAUCAUAGUAAUCUGGUGACACCGAAAGAUCGAUACGAACAGGAAAAUAUAUCGUUUAAUUUUGAUGAUUCCUCGCACGAGCAUAUGGCCAAUCCCAGUCACAUUGUGAAUCUAUUAGACAAGACAGCUCAAAACACCGUCGUCAGAACAUCCCAGAUUGACCUACGCGAAACGGAUCGCAGAGGACUGCUGUGGCUUUUGGACGAGGAAGCCAUAUAUCCUGGCUCGACGGACGAUUCCUUCAUCGAACGACUGUUCACGCAUUACGGAGACAGAGACUAUCAGCAGCUGUUACUUAAAUCAUCGGGAAAUCAUCAAUUCAUUUUGCAGCACAUGCAAGGCACGAAUCCCGUACUUUACAAAGCCACCGGUUGGCUCAAAUGCAGUCGCGAAAAUCCAGUGAGAAGGGCGGCACUCUCAAUCCUUCAAGACAGCUGCAAGGAAGACUUUAGUAAACUGUUCGUGAAUUCCCGUGGACUGGGGACGACAAGUUACAAUGGAUCACUAGUUGGCAUAGAAGGAUCGCAAUCGCUGCGACGCGCCUCCAGCAUUCGAAGAACGUUCACCGCUGGUACGGCAGCGAUCAAAAGGAAAUCCAUUUGUCUGCAAACCAAAUUCACUGUUGAUGGUUUAGUGGAAACUCUGAGAAGAACGAAAAUUCGCUUCAUCCAAUGCAUACUGCCUCAGCACAAUGCCGGUCUUUGCGAAACCAAUUCAACUCUGAUAUCGACCAAAAACGACAAUGGUUUAUUGAAUGUACCAUUGUUACGUUCGCAGAUUCGCGGUGGACAAAUCCUAGACGUCAUCAGACUUCACAAGCAAGGACUUCCCUAUUUCAUGCCGUUGGGCGAAUUUCGUCGCAGAUUCCGAUUGCUGGCGUUCGACAAUAAAGUUGCUAACAACGGAUCCGUCUUGGACGAGAGAAGAGCUGUGGAGGAUAUGGUUUCGGUGAUGGAUAUGGAUUCAUCCGGUUACCGUAUCGGAUUAAGCCAAAUUUUCUUCAGAUCAAGAACGCUCACUGAUUUGGAAUCGCAACGGGAUGAGAAACUUGCCGGUAUGGUAGUUCAUCUGCAAGCUCACUGCAGAGGACAUCUGGCUAGAAAGAAAUUGGUGAAGAAGAAACUUCAGGAUUUAGCGGUGCGUUGCAUUCAAAGGAACGUGAGGAAGUUCAUGCUGGUGAGGGAUUGGCCUUGGUGGAGACUCCUGGUGCGGGUUUCGCCGCUUUUAAAUGUGCAUAGAACGGAAGAACAGCUGCGACAAAAAUCGGAAGAAUUGGAUUUGCUGAAAACUAAAUUGGACAAAGUCGAAUCGGAAAGGACGAUGUUGAAACACGAGAAUGACAAACUUGAAUCAAAGAUGAUGGAGAUUUCUGCGGAUUUGGCGGAGGAGCAUUCAACUUCCACCUUGGCAGCCGAACGUCUGGAUGCAGAAACUAACGAGAGGAUUCGCUUGGAACGCGAAUUAAGUGAAACACAGCACAAGAACAAACAACUGCAGCAAGCUUCGGAACGAUUGGAGAUGGAAUUGUUGUACGCUCGGUCCGAUUUGGAUGGAAUUUCCGAGGAGGACGAUGAAGGCGAGGGUGAGGGAGUUUUUAAGCAACGCUAUGAAAGGGUAGUGAAGGAGUUGGAAUUCACGAAACGCAGACUGCAGCAACAGCACGAAGAUGACCUCGAGCAACUCGUCGGGUUAAAAAAGCAAUUGGAAAAAAAGUUGUCCGAUGCUUAUGAGGAAGUUGAAGAGCAGCGUCAAGUAGUUGGGCAGUGGAAAAGAAAAGUUCAAAAGUUGAACGGCGAAAUGAAUGAUUUGAAACAUCUGCUCGAAGAGCAAGGAGCCAGAAAUAAUUUGCUCGAAAAGAAACAGCGGAAAUUCGACUCCGAAACCCAAUUGAUGCAAGACGAGCUGCGCCAAGAGAAGAUCCUAAAGGAACGCGUGUGCCGAGAAAAAGAAUUGUGCAUGGCAGAAAAGUUCACGCUGGAAAGUAACAUCGCAGAUAUAAAACUAGAAUUAGAACUGAAAGACGAGAAAUUGGCGGCCUUCCAAAGUGAACUGGACGAAUUAACUUAUGGUGGCAAGACGGAGGAAGAAGUUACAUUGUUGAGGAAACAAAAAAUCGAUUGCGAACGACGACUGCACGAUCAAGAGGAAGAGCUUGAUGAAUUGGCCGGACAAGUUCAGCUGCUCGAGCAGGCGAAAUUGAAGCUCGAAAUGAAUUUGGAGCAGAUGAGGAAGACCGGCAAGAAGGAAGCUCAGCUACACGACGAGGAACUUGAGGAGGUGAGGUGCAAUGCGCAGAAGAAAGUUAAAAGCUUGGAAGCGCAGCUGGAGAACGAACACGAGGAACGGACGAUACUUUUGAGGGAGAAACACGAUUUGGAGCGAAGAUUGAUGGCCGCCAUGGAGAACGAUAAUAAUGAGAAGGCAUGCGACGAAGCUCUGCUACAGAGAUUGAAACGAGACCUGAAGAGAACCAAAGCGUUGCUGAGAGAUACGCAAACGCAGCUGGAGAGAAUGAAGGCGGAGACGCCCGGCAAGGCGAUGAUCAGGCAACUGAAGAAUCAGCUGGAAGACAUAGAAUGCGCGAGAAGUUUGGCCGCGAAAGCGAAGCAGACCCUCGAAGUUGAACUUUCGGAGACGCAGUCCUUGCUCGAGGAAUCGAACAGACAGAGGAACGACGCCGAGGAUAAACUGAAUGCGGUUAAUCGCGAAAGGAGCGACAUGCAGUCGCAAUUAGAGGAAAACGAGGAAGAACUAGCAGAAGUUUUGAAAAAAUACAAGGCGUCCGUGUCUCAAAUGAGUUUAGAUCAGUUGGCGCUUCAAGAGCAGGUAUCUUUGGUAACCGACCUAGAAAUCGAGAGAAACUCUUUACGCGAACAAUUGGCGGAAUUAACAACGAAAUUAGAAAGCGUCGAAAGUAUGGGUGACGCUUCAUCUAAUUUAGUGAUGAAAAGAAUGGAGUUGAAACUUAAAGAGCUAGAAAGUAAGUUGGAACUGGAGCAAACGACGAAAUCGCGCUUGGAUGUGCAGAUCUCGCGAUUAAAGGAGGUCGUGGAUAAACUGCAGACAGAUUUGUCGAACGCUAGACUUAAAGAGCAGAAUUCGCAAGAUCAAGUUAGAAAGUUGCAACGGAAUCUUAGGGAAAUAAGGGACGAGCUGAAUAGCGCUAUGAGCAGGGAAGGUGAAACGCUUUUGAAGAGAAAGGAAUUGGAGAAACGGUGCGAGGAAUUGGAAUCGGAGACAGCGACGGCGCGAACCGACUUGAGGCUUGCGCUGAAGCGAAUCGAGGAUCUUCAAUCGGCGAUUCAGGGCGACUUGGACGAUGAUGAUAGCAUGGAAAAUUCCGACAGCGAGCACGACAGUUACAGUUCCGAUGAUUCGGUGAACACCUUCCUCGCCGCUCACAACAAGGAGAAAAACGACAGGAGAUUCUCGACUGCAAGUUCGUCUGGCGGGAAAGAGUCCGGGUCGUAUGCAUGAGUGGCAGUUUCCAUCUGCAGAACAAUUUCUUUGACGUUCUGCAGGAAGGAAUCGGAAGUUAACGGCCAAGUGCACUACGUAUAAAUAUGUUAUUAUUUUAUUAUUAUUUUUUUGUUUUGUAUCUUAAUUUUGUGAUAACUCGAUCAAUUAUUAUUUCUGCGGAUUAUUAUUUCCUUCUAGUCUUCACUGUAUAGUUAAAAGAAGAAAAACAAAUAGAAGAGAGAAUCAUAAAAGUAAUGUAGAAACGAAAAAAAAACCAACACGGAGAAAUUAAUAAUACGCAAAAACUCUAAAGAAAUAUCUUAUAAUUAUAAAAAAAAAGAUUUUGUAUAUGUUUAUAUUACGUGUAUAUUUAUAUUAGAAUAUUUAUCUCAAUAGCUCUGUUUUUAUUAUGAGAUCUCCCCUCAGAAUGCUGCGCGCACUCGUGAAAUAUUGGAAAUGUAGGAAUUAAUUAAGAACCAUGUAAAUUAUCGUUUAAGACUAAAAAAGGAUCACUUGUGCGUCGUACUGGAUGGACAUAAAUAUUUGUGUUUCUGCGAUGCUUCUUUUUGGGGAGGGAAAUAUGUAGUAAUAUGUAAAAUUAAAUGAUUAUUAUUAUUAAA